AUGACGGAUGAGAGACCGAGCCCAUUGCGUCGGGCUGGCUCAUUUCCGCCCCAAGAUCAACUGCAUUCUUCACAGCAACCUGGGAAUGACUCUUUACAGCAAUUCUCUGAUGAUGUACGACAUGUUCCGCCUCAGGGUCGGGAUCGCGUCCGCUUCGUAGCCGAACCCGAGGAGCUCGGUCCGUAUGAAUUUGUCACCGAUAAUCGACAUGGGCAUACGCCAGUCCUCUUGCCCAUUUCUCGUACAGGGAGAGAUUAUGUCAAUCCACAAUAUGUAUAUGCUCAGCCAAUGCCAGUGAAUUCGGCACCGUACUCUCGAUUUAAUGUACCAGAGGCUAUAGCGCCUUAUACCACGCCGCGGCUGGGUCGAGAUCGUCGUGGCCGCCGCUCUACUACGGACUCAUAUCUCUCAGAUCGUAGCCAGUCUUAUAUGCCAACGAGGAGUGAACGCGGAAGAGUCAGGUUUGCCGAACCAGAGAAUCUACCGCACCGUUUAUAUUCUCACUCUUCAUCGCCGUCGCCGCCUUCGCUACCUUCAAGGUACCCAAGUGUCUAUACGGAGGAUGAAUCUGAGAGUUCAGAUUCAGAAGCCUCUCGUAAUCGGUCUCGUUCGAGGUCAAGGCAUAGCCGAUACCAGAGCUCAUACACGAACGACUCGGAUUCGGACGAAGAAGGCUUUGAUGAGCUCAUGGGUGGCAAGGUAUUUCAAUUUGUCCCUUCGCGAACUUCCAAGGCACUUUCAAAAAGCGGCCAUAGUAUCGAAAGCGAUAUUUCAUUCGAGAAGUCCGAGGAUGGGGUCUCUGGAGCGAGGGAUGAGCCAAGUGUUCCUAGGGCCACCGAUGUUCUUCACAUAUAUCAAUCUCAAUACACUGGGGACGCGGUCUCAGACGGAACACAUACCGCAAAAUUGACCGUAAUACAUGACCCUAAAAGGCAGCGACAGCCCCUCUUUAGAUGGGUGCAUCUGGAGCAACGUAUGAUGAAUCUCGAUGAGCUCUCCACCGAGAUUGCACGAAUCCCCGCCAUUACCGACUCGGAACGCAACGGGUUCGCGAAGCUGCUUGCCGAAGUAAAGAAAUCAUCCGUCAAGGUUAGGCCUACGGCAAAAGGGAAUAAUGUGCGACACAUGGACCCGAAGCCUAUCCGCGUGACCAUUCCUCCCGAUGGGCGUACAAAAGGCCAGACCUCGAGGUUUGUAACUUGGCUAUGCGUGCCGUACUUUUCGCUCGAGAAGUAUUCGGGACUCUUGUCGGCUAGCACAGUCUCUUCUUUUCCAAUCGAAACUUUACUACAAUCGGAAUAUGCUCGCACUACGCAAGAGCGUGAUAUGCAACAGGCCGUCUGCAAGAAUGGAGAGGUUCCCGAUGGCCACUGCUUCCACAUAGCACAGCUGUGGUGUAUCGUGUUGGACAAUACUCUGCUUAUCACAUGCGGUCGAAUGCCAAGUUCCACUUUAAGAGGUGAUAUUAUACGUAUAGCUAACGAACCUUUGAAGGAUUCUAAUAGCAAAGGGAAGAAAAUAUACGUGUCUUACUAUGACACUGUUCUUUGGGAGCUUCCAUUGGAAUCCUGCUCAACUUGGAUACACCCGUCUCCUCCAGCUAUUGGUGUUUUACAACCAAUUAGAGAAGAAGUCAAAGGCGUCGAACGCAAAGAAUCAGCGACAGAGAAUACCGAUAACAAGAACACAAAGGUUGAGAAAUAUCAGACUACUGACGACAAAUUUCACGUAUUCUCGUGGCUGGAAAUGGCUGAAAGUGAGGACGACAGUGGAGAGCUGGAUGUCGAAGCGCUGGUUACAAACCUCCAAGAAGCAGAAGAUUACCUACUCAAGUCGACAAGUUUGAGGGAUCGAAAUGCAUACCACAACUGCAAUGUGUCUUCACAGAGCUCUGUCCACGCAUAUCUAAGAGGUAAAGGGUUGAGGAUAGAAAAGACUGACGAAAAUUCCGCGGAAAAGCGAGGGUACGAAACCAAAAUCGAUUUCUAUAACGCGGCCGAUAUUAUUUUCUCUUUCUUCCUCCCACAAGUAUUAAGCGAAGACGCGCCGACAAUAGGGAAGUUCUGGGGUGCGGUUGAGAGCUUAGUAGAGAUACCAGACGCAAGAGUCAAUGAGGACAAUCGAAUUGAACGAGAAAGAGUAUCACAACGGAAUGCUAACAUACACAAUAACCUGCACCCGCUUAGAUCUACUCUCAGAGGACUAACGAGAGUGAUAAAAUCAUUCCAGGAUAUUCUAUCCCACGCGCCAGCCUCUCUCCGAACUAAGGUAGAGGUGCCCGACGGUCUCGUCCGUGCUUGGUUACAUUUGGUCAUCGCCCUUAUUCAGGCGUCACAAAACGACGAAGCUUGGAACGAAAACAUAAACGUCGCGGAAGCUUUGAUACGAAGAGGAAUGGACGACAUCACUGUCGUCGUCGAAGUGGACGAAUUGCCUACGGAGGACCUGCUCUCCAGCUCCGUAAUCCAACCGAUGGAACUCGUCACAUUAAUUAGUUUAAAGCUACUCCAAGACUCUACGGGGACGUAUUCAAGUAUUAAUGAUACAUAUUCUAAUUAUCUCAAAGGACUGGAGAAUGAUAUCACCGCCAACACCUCCGAUCGUUCGCAUCAGUUCCGCAUCACUCUUUUCAAGCAAGAGGUCGCCGUGAUUCGUCGAGUGAUUGCAUCACAGUUGAACGUUGUAGACGGCAUGACUGUGCCUCAGAAACCAUAUUGGGGCGACCAAACCCGUAGGGAGAGGGAGAUGCUAGAUAAGGAGCGUGAGAAAUCAAAAGCCGAGGCUGCGAGGAUGCGAUCGCGAUCCUAUCAAAAACAAGGUGCAGCAUACGUGGACAAGCUCGACGCGUACGAAAGUUAUAGCCAUAAUUACCCCAGGAGCGUAUCAGUCCUUCCCGGCUCUCACUUCACGCCAGCCGGUCACCCUGACGCCUUCUCCAAGCUGGUAUCCACCGAUCCUGGCGGGUUCAGGGAGCUCCUCGGCCGCGAGUGUAAGGCCUGGUUGGAGCGCAGGGACAGCGAAUUCCUGGAGCUCGACGUCGAGGCGUCACGGCUCGAGAUCAUGAAUGCCAACAAAAUCGAAGUGACUAAGGAUCGACAGGAAGCAGCGGUCUACGCCUUCACCAUGGUCACCAUUAUCUUUUUGCCACUUAGUACCAUCAGCUCUAUCUUCGGUAUGAACUCCAGCGACGUGCGCGACAUGGACCUCGGACAGUGGGCGUAUUGGGCGGCAGCCUUACCUACUACUAUCGCGGUAAUCAUCAUGGGUCUGUGGUGGAUGGGCGAAUUACAUAACUUGAUCGACUGGGUGAGAGGGCUCCCCUCUCGGUCGAACAGGAGCUAUGCACGAGUGUCGCGCCCAGCUGCAAACGGCGUCAUAUAUUACCCCCAGGGAGACUAUCCUGGGAGAGACCCGCAACAGGUGAUGAGACCAUAUAGCCGGGCGACUCUGGGCCCGCCAGUGCCGCGGACGUCAUGGCGGUACUAA